AUACCCAUCAUGUCUCUUUGGGGGUUCCGUAGAAUAAUCAUCUGGAUCUGGACAAGAUAGUUUAUGAAUUUUUAGAUAACCGCAAAACCGUCCCGAAAUCAGGAAUCAGGGAUGGCAGAGAAUCUAGUUCUAAACUCCACUCCGCUCUAGGAUUGGUUGAGAGCACGACUCCUAGUGAUUGAUGAUUGUUUGAUGUUGCCCUGGCGACAGAGCACAGGCUGUUGUUGUCUGCUGGUCAGGCUAGCCAGCUUGCUAUUGCUAACAUAAUAUUGCACAGGAUAAAUGACACCUGUUUGCAAGAUAUCGUAUUCUACCAUGAAGUGAUUUCAAGUUAUGUACCAUAUGGAAGUAGAAUUAUCUUUAGCUGGUUAUAAUUGGAAUGUCACGCCUUUGUAGGUAGCCCAGCAUUUCUCAUAGCUAACGCCAGCUACGUUAACUUCGCUAUCAAAUUUCAAACAUGGGAGUUACAUAUAAAGUUAGUCUCCUUCACGGAAGUUUGUUUCCUAGAGGAAAGGCUAAAAGAAAACAGCACCGGGAAAGGAAAUAGGAAGCUUCUCGAAUUUUUUUGAAAUCAUGGACAAAACAAAAGCCUCUCAAAGAUUAGGGAUGAUGCCAUUUAAAUUUACAUUUGAAGAACACAAAAACUAGAUAUGACUACCAAUCAGCAGGCAACAACUGCAGGGCUGUGCCAUGACGGCGAUGCACUGAUGGCCGCGGGCUGUGUGCUGAAAGCCGCAGCUUGUUACACGACUGCGUUUAAGACUCAUGCUGGCUCCACGGUGGCUCACAUGAGAGGUCUGGAUGGAUCCAGCAUCGCUAAAAUUAUUUCGGCUCUUGAGGCUUGGCUUGACGGUGAGGAGGAUGCACAGAAGUCAAUGGAUGGACUCAACAAGGGCCUUGCGGCGGUGUUUCUGUCGACCCUCUGUCCAAACAACCUCUCCGCCACACUGUUCAAAAUGGAUAGUAUAUUGCAGAGAGCAAACCAUGGUUCGGAGGAGAUUUAUGCCCGGUGCUCUUCUCUCCUCAGUGGCAAAGGCAUACCAACCCUGACAGGACCCAGGCGGUUGAUUUUGAAGCUUACUCAGGCACUUGCUGGUUUUCUCUCAGAGCCACACAGCCCAAAGGCUCUUCAGCUCUAUUUGGAAGCGUUCCAAAGACAUAAAUCAGAAUGUGUGGGACUCAUAAGGUCGAGGCAAGCCCAUCACCUUCCAAAAAUUCUUAAAGCAUUUUCUGACCAUAUCCAGAAGUCCCCUAUGCUCUCUAGUCAAAAUCAGACUGAAUAUAAAACAUUUGAUGUAGUGGAUGACAAUCCAUUGCAGAGCUCUGAAAUCCUUGAGUUCUUAGUUGCCAUUUCACCAGAUGACCCAAAAGUGCAAGAGCUGCAAGGUGAAUUCUUGCUGUCCCUUGGCAAGUUUGAGGAAAGUGCAGAAAUCUUCUCCCAUGCACUAAAGAUGUGUGGACCUCAAGGAGACAAAAAAAUCAGUGUGGAUGAGGCAGUAAAGUUGAAGCCAGCUGAGAACAAGGCCAGGGUUUUAGUUGGUAGAGCAGCGGCCAACUUCUCCGUUGGCGGACGGGCAAGUGAGGUUUGUUGUGAUCUCGGAGAGGCCUUUGCCAUACACCCAGCCACAGCCAGACUGCAGUUCCAGCGUUUGUUCUCAGACAACGGCACUGGCGUGGCAGCCCGCACCCAGCUCCGCCAGCAGGCUGAACGAGGGCUGUCGGGCUACCGGGAAACCGUGCUGGCGCGCCCGGAUCUCCGCUCCACCAAAGGAUUGGCACUCCUGGACCCUGUGAUAGCGCAGCUGCGGACGCUCUGCCACCUGGAGCCAGACGGGGGCGGCCGGGAGCUGCGCGUGCGCCUGGCCGACUGCCUGCUCCUCCACGGGGAGUUCCGGGAAGCCCUGUCUAUCAGCAGCCAGUUGGCCGCCGCUGGGCCGGCCCAGCAGAGCUACCAGAACACCGUGCAGGUGCUUUGCGGCUAUGCGCGCCUCCUCUCAGACGACCACCGGGGGGCACUGGAAGACUUCCAGGCGGUGAUCGAGCACAGGGCACCUCACCCGUCCAGCUGUGUCCGAGCCCUGUGCGGCAGGGGGCUUCUGCGCAUGAUUGCCGGGUCACAUUACCUGACCGCGCUGGAUUACCUGACCGCGAGCAGGCUGCAGCCCCAGGAGACGGCGUUCACGGUGCGCUGCCUUGUCCCGUGGAACUACCGCGGGCUGCUGUGCACCGUGCUGCUGGAGCAAGGCCGGGCCAUGCUUGAGGACAUUGGAGGCAAAGGCCCAGGCCCUUCCUCACAGCAAGAGCACAAGGCCCCAUCAGCACAGGGGAAAGAGUCCCUCUCACUGUUCAAAGACGGGAGCCCAGGAGGAGUGCAUGCUCUGGCCCUGCUCCUGAUGGAGCUGCAGCCGGGCUCCGACGCGCCGCAGAUCCUCACGGCGGACGCCCUGUACCGGCUGGGCCGGGUGGAGGAGGCGUACCGUCUGCUGCUGUCCAUAGAGCACACCACCACGCGCUCGCCCAUCCUCGCACGGCUUGCGCUGCUGCAACUGCACCGGGGCUUUCUUUAUGAUGCUAACCAGCUGCUGAAAAAGCUGAUCCAGUGUGGCGACACCAGCUGUCUGCGUCCCCUGCUUGCAGUGGCUGCUCCGAAGGAUCGCAUUCUGAUGGAGAAACACUGCCACACGGCGUCCAAGCGAACCCUCAACGUCCAGAGGGAGACUAGCACCAUAAGGGAGUCGGUGGCGUAUCUGUCCAUUGCCAUUAUGGCCUCGGGUGGCGAGGCUGUGGAGUCUCUGCUUGAAAGGGCCCAGUGCUACGCUUUACUGGGCCAGCGCAAGACCGCCAUCUUUGACUUCACCGCCAUCCUGAAGGAUCACCCGGAGCAUGUGCCAGCCCUAUGUGGGAGAGCGUUCACCCACCUCACUUUGAACCAACAGAAGGAAUGUACCGCAGACAUACUGGCCGCUCUGCGGGCGAACCCGGAGGCUGUCACACAGGACAUUCUGUCCCUGAAAGACAAGGGACGGAAACUCAUCUGUGAGUGGCUGCUUCAGUUCUGCCAAACAAGCCUCUCGCAAACAGUAGCAGUCAAUCCAGUUCCCUGUUUGGAGAAGCAUCUUCAAGAGGCUUUUUUGGUUGGAGCAGCACUGCUGAGAAUAGAUGGUCGUGAUCCUAGGUGGCAUAUGCUUUACGUUGAUACCUUACUUGCUAAAGGUGACGUGCAGGCAGCGGCCAUUCGCCUGGGACAGGUGUUUGGGCAGGAGCCCCGGGAGGCCAGUGCCCAGGCUAGGUGGGGGGUGGUGGAAGCCUGGGAGCAGAACUUCAGGGGAGCUGCUCAGAGGCUGGCCAAGGUGGCCGAGAGAGAGCCCUCCACCUUGGACUUCCUCCUUCCUCUAAUCUGCUCUUCGCACAGGAAACGCCUCGGACAAGCAGCGUCCCAGGAAGCGAGCAGUGCGACUGAGCAGGACCAAUGGGAGAGCGCCCUGCCGCUGCUGACUGUGGCGGUGCGGGCUGUGGACGAGCUGAAGCCACAGUACCUCCGCCAGCGGGCCGCUUGUCUCGCCCAGCUGGGCCUGCACGAGAGAGCCGUGGUCGACCUGGACAAGGUCAUCCUCGGUCACGGUGCUGCCACCGGUGUCGCCGGCAACACAGAGGCCGCGGCGGUGGCGGAGCACGGGCUGUGGGCGGAGGACCUGUGCCGCCGCGGCCGCAGUCUGCUGCUGUGCAACCGAGAGCAGCCGGCCGUGGAGGACUUCUCCCGGGCGCUGGGGCUGCACCGCAGCCGGACGCUGGCGUGCGUGGAGACCGGGCCGGGGAGGGCCAGGCUGGCCCGGCACUUCCUCCACGCCGCCUCGCGCUGCUACGCUGAGCAGCAGCUGAGCGACGCCUGGACGCUGACUGAGAGCGGGCUGCAGGUGGACGCUGGCCAUGCCGAGCUGCGCAGGCUCAAGGCGCGCAUCAAACAGGAGUCCUCCACCUCCUGCAUUGUCCAUUAGACGUUUACCCGAGUUCACUCUGCUCAAUAUAGAAAUGAGUGUAGUACAAUGAACGCUGAGAAUAGUCACAAGCACAGCUUUGAGAAAUAGCUUCCCAAACCCUUCAGAAGAAAAUGGCUCAGUAGGAGUGUACUUGAUAUGUAAAAACAUAUAUGUAAAUACUAUGUUGUUGUUUUUUGUGAGAAAUGGGGUUAUAAAGUAAUUAAGAGUUA